AUGAUGCCGCCCAUCGACGCGUCGGAGAUCCCCUGGGUCAGCUUGGCCAGCACCAGCGCCCCUGAGAGGCGCAGAACCAACAUCCAGAAUGUCCUCAAGACCAACCUGUCGAUGCCACUCGCCGAGGUGGUCAUCUGCAACACUUCUAUGGAGUUGGAGCCCGACGCUCUGGCCCUCCUCCCCAACGCGCUGCCUCUCGGCCCGCUGGCCGCGCCCACGUCGAGGCCGGCCGGGCACUUCUUGCCCGAGGACCUCGCCUGCCUCGCCUGGCUCGACGUGCAACCCCCCGGCUCCGUCGUCUACGUGGCCUUCGGCAGCUCCGGCUUCCUGGACGCAACGCAGUUCCAAGAGCUCCCCGACAGGCUCGCGCUCUCCGGCCGGCCGUUCCUGUGGGUGGUCCGCCCAAAGUUCACCACCAGACCCGGGCAGGACCGGUUCGACCUCGACGCGUUCAGGCGGGUGCGUGGAGGGGCAGGGGCUGGUGGUGGGGUGGGCGCCGCAGCAGCGCGUGCUCUCGCACCGCUCCGUGGCAUGCUUCGUGUCGCACUGCGGGUGGAACUCGACCGUGGAGGGCGUGUUGCACGGGUGCCGCUCCUGUGCUGGCCCUACUUCGCAGACCAGUUCUGCAACCAGAGCUACAUGUGCAACGUGUGGGUCACCGGCGCCAGGCGCCGGCGAGACAAGCGAGGGGUCAUGGCGAAGGUGGAGAUCCAGAGCAAGGCCGCGCGGCUGCUCGGUGACGAGGGGGUCAAGGCGAGGGCCGCGGCGUGGAAGGAGGUCGCGUGCCGCAGCAUCCGGGAGGGAGGGUCCUCGCAUCGGAACUUGCUCAAGCUUGUCAGCUUGCUGAGACAACAAUGA